AAUAGUUUUGGUUUGAGAAUAGUAGGGUGCAGGUGCUGUGUGAGUGUAUGAAUGUAGUGUGUGAGUAUUCACAGGCUUUCAUUUCAAGCAGUGAGCUGUUACAGUGUGACGGGUCAGGUCUACACAGAUACUAUAACCUUUCACCAAAGUAUAGCUCUGAUUUACCGUAUCAAAAUUAAAAUUGCCUGAAAAUUCUUCUGGAACUUUGAGAGAAGGAUGGGGACAGUCUCUGAUGACAUUAGGAGGCUUUUGGAGGACUGUGAGCUCUUUGUAUCAGAUAUCCUACAGGACGAGAACCUCAGUAAACAUGCCAGAGAAACACGGGACGUCCUACUUAAUAACUUCAGGGUGGUCCACUCCAGAAAUCUUCAGGAGUUUCCUUUCAGAUCUGAGUCCAGACAGGAGGACAGUUCAGAUGACAACCAGAGCUCAAGUCUGGGCCGUUCGGCCCCCUCAGACGACCUGUCUGUGGCCUCUGACUACCAGGACGAGGGCUCUCCUGAGUACUUUGAGGAGAUCCAAAUGGUGGCAGCCCAGGAUCUCAGUAACAUCUUGAAACAAGGCUACCUGGAAAAGAAACGACGGGAUCACAGCUUCUUCAGCUUAGAAUGGCAAAAGCGAUGGUGUGUCCUCAAUAACACAAUAUUCUACUACUUUGGGAGCGACAAGGACAAGCAGCAGAAGGGCUCCUUCUAUAUCAAUGGCUACAGCGCAGAGCUGGUGGCCAACCUACGUAAAGACUCAAAGAAGAAUGCCUGCUUUGAGCUGAGUGCCCCUGACCGACGCUCCUUUCAGUUCACUGCUAGCAGUCCGCGAGAGGCCAGGGAAUGGGUGGAUCAGAUAAACUUUGUCCUGAAAGAUUUGAGUUCCAGCUUCAUCCCCUUUGAUGACGAUGAGGAAGAGGAAGAGGAGGAGGAGACCUAUGAUGACAUUGAGGGGGUGACCGGGGCGGCCCCCGCCCCCGCCCCCGUCCUGCCCCAGCAGGCCAAAGCCUCUCUCAGUAGCCAGGAGGAAUGGAGGUCCAAGCAGGGGGGGCAAGAGGAAGCAGAGGAGGAUGAUAUCUACGAGGUGCUCCCAGACGAUGACUUUCCAGAACCAAUUGAGGAGAUCAGUGAGAAGAGCACAAAACCAGUCUGGUCCAUGGACUAUGCCAACUACUACCAGGGCUUGUGGGACUGUGAGGCAGACGAGCCUGAUGAGCUGGCCUUCCAGAGAGGUGACCUCAUCUAUAUCGUCAGUAAGGAGUAUAACAUCCAUGGCUGGUGGGUCGGAGAGCUAAAUGGUACCAUUGGAAUCGUCCCUAAAGACUUCCUCCACCCUGCCUACAUCCUCUGAGCUCAAAGAAGUACUGGAUCACUCUCUUAUCGUUAAGAUUAUAAGAUAAUUUAAUGGAGUAAUGUAGUGUAACAGGUCUCCUGACACCCACUGAGAUAGCCAUUGAGAGGGCAGGAGAUGUUGUAUAGUCACAGCGCUUGGCCGGCCAUUUAGGACAUCUGGUGGCUGAAAGUAGAACUGCGUGGGAAAUUGAAUCAGCAUUAUAGACGGGUUGGUUGUUUAGCAACAAAACCGACGCGUGCGCAACUAUGGGGCAAAAGAACUGGCUUAGGUGGUUGACAGCAUGUAAACUAUAUUUAGUCUCUAAAUGUUUAUUGAAAAUGUAAAUAUAUUUGCACAAUGAGCACUUGUUGUCUCUCAAAUACAUAGUUACAGUUGUUGAUUAGCUAGCUAAUUCAUUUUUAGCCAUAUUAGCGUAGACGUGUCAUGAGUCAAAACAAGAAAUAGUAUCAAUAACAAGAUGCAAUGAGCGGAAACGAGCCACCUACGAUUCCCCACAUGGCAGCUUCUUCUCAUUGUUGCUAGCUAUCUGACCAUCCAGAAUCAUUACACCACAUGGCCUUCUGCAUCAUCGACGUGCGCGCAUCGUUGUUUCUUGACAUUGUCAGCUAACCCGUCUUUAUAGAUAUUGAUAUGCUCAGUAAUGCUUAAUUAUAGCAUCAUUGGAUUGGGAAAAAUGAUUCCAACUAUACGCCAUAGAAAAAAUAUCACACUGCACAAUACUACAGGAACUGUACGUUACACGUUCCGCUCUGAUGAUCGUUUAUCUUUGUAUUAUGCCUUACUUCUACAGUUGAGUGAUGUGACUGACUGCGUUCCCAGCCCCAGCCCCAAACACUGAACACUUCGAGAUUGAUGACAAACUGAGAUAUGUUAUUAUUUCGUAAUAUAAUGUAAUGCAAUGCUGUUAGUGUAAGGUUUUUGUAGAAUGUUUUUGUAAAGAUUGACUUAAUUUCCAUGCAUAAAUUACAUUACCUUGGUCCUUCUGAGGCCUUUGGUCUACACAUUGAAUUAUGGAUCAUGUCGAAAGGUUUCCUCUAUCCAAUUGUUUCCAGUGUGCAGUAUUUGUACCCAUGUGUGUGAAUGGAAAUGGCCAGAUAUUUAUGAAACAUUAUGCCCCUGUGACUAAAAUAGGAAAUCCUCACCUCUGAGUGAACUGGGGGCUAUUUGACAUUACAAAGCAUACUGACUUGUGCCUUCAACAGCCUUGAUGCUGACAUUAAGAUAUAUAGGCAACAAGGGUUCAGGCUUGCUCCACUAUCUUGUUUCAAUUAAGAGUUUGAAAUUGGAAUACCUGAUAAUUAACAAUAUCAAGAAAAAUACUAUAUUUUGAUUGUUGAGCUUGUACAAAUAUAUUUUCUUAGCCUAAUGGUUGUUUUUCUUAUGGUUUGGACCUACUGGCCUUUUAUGUCCGAGUGAAUUGAUUGGGUGCUUAUGCUUUAACAUCAUGCAGGUUGUGACUGCUGUCUUUCUAUAUGCUUUUUGUGUUUUAAAAGAAGUGCACUCUCCUACACAUCAACCUGGUCUCAGAGCAUUUCAUAUUAUUCUGUCCAAGACACUCCAUUUAGUAGGAUGCGUUACGUUUCGUAUGGUAUGAAUUAAUUUGUGGAUGUCCAUCAUACAUUUCAUAUAUGUUACGAAUUGCAAUUCAUAUGAUAUGUUACAAAUUGCAAUUUGUACAAUAUGUUACACAUUUGCAAAACUUAUAUGUUACGAAUUCCAAUUUGUUGUGGCUACCUACCCAUACGGAAAACUAAUAUAUGGAAAUAUAUGUAUAUUAAGGCUGUGUUUUAAAUGGGCAUAUAUGGUGCAAACAUACACUUAGUAUACCAAACAUUAGGAACACCUACUCCCAUACCCCGUUCAAAGGCACUGACAUGUUUUUGUCUGGCCCAUUCACGCUCUGAAUGGCACACAUACACAAUCCAAGUCUCAAUGGUCUCGAGGCUUAAAAAUCCUUCUUUAACCUGUCCUCUUCCCAUUCAUCUACACAAAUUGAAGUGGAUUUAAGGAGUGACAUCAAUAAGGGAUCAUAGCUUUCACCAGGAUUCACCUGGUCAGUCUAUGUCAUGGAAAGAGCAGGUGUCCUUAAUGUUUUGUACACUCAGUGUAUAUGCCCAUAUACAGUAUGCUUAUAUAUGUAUCCACACAUAUGUACGUAAAUGUCACAUACUGUAUAUGUUGAAAUAUACAAGAAUUGCCCAUUUUCAUUUACGUGACAUACAUUUCUUACUUUUAUAUACAUACAGUAUAUAUGCAUAUAUUUAUAAUACUUAUAUGCUCAUACUGUAAAUGUAUGAAACAUGGUAUUCAAAUGUUUAUUACAUAUAGGUCCUUUGUAUGUCACAAUACUUGAGUGAUAAUGCCCGAGAUGCGGUGUUUGGAGGAUACAUUGGCAUGGGUGUUGUUAGAACCGAGACGAGGGUCGGGAAACCGUGCCAAUAUAUCCCCCAAACACCGGCUUCAAGGCCAUUGCCACUUUUAUACAACAUGUUCAAAUAAUGAUUGACAUAUUUUCAUUAAAAAAUUUAUUUUGAUGAAUUUAUUCAUACUAUUUCAU